AUGCAAGAAGCGUUCCCUUUAAACGUGCAAGUGCUCUUACCACUUAACGCAAAAUGUUUUGUCUAUGAUAAAUCAAACUACCUUGAUAUACAUCCCUUACCAAUAGGUUUUCAAAUGAUUGAAUAUCCUUCCGGAACAAAUCAUCCUAUAUCCACAAGUCAAAAUUUCACAUUCACCUACGCGAAAGAAGAAAAUGAAUAUCCACAGCUUGUGAAAGUUUGGGUAGAAGAUAAAAAGAGUGAGCUCUCUAGCAUUGUUGAUAUGCCAUCCAUUUGA